CGGCUUCAGCACUCUGUCAGGUAUGAUAGCAAAGAAGGACUUCACUGGAUUUGAUUCAAAGCAGUCUGCGUCUUGACGCACGCAAGGUCCGGACUUUACGCGGAGAGCACAUCAGGUCUUAUACAGAGAAAGGAGUCAUCAGAGAGCAUGAAGUUGGAGGUGUUGUGUGGGAGCCACUAUGACAUGAAGCAUUUUGAGAUGUCGUGUGAUGCAGAGGGGAGUGUGCGCUUUCCUCUUUCUACUGAGGAGGAGCUGGGGUCGGAUGGGGACAGCGUGGCGCACAGCCCUCCACCUGUUACGCCAUGCGCCAGCGCCACCAAGUCCAAGCCAUACACACGGAGACCCAAACCCCCGUUCUCUUACAUCGCUCUCAUCGCCAUGGCUAUCCGGGACUCCCCCUCUGGACGUCUGACUUUGGCGGAAAUAAACGACUAUCUGAUGAAGAGGUUUCCGUUCUUCAGAGGCAGCUACACCGGCUGGAGGAACUCGGUCCGACACAACUUGUCUCUGAAUGACUGCUUUCUCAAAGUGCUCCGGGACCCGACCAGACCUUGGGGGAAGGACAAUUACUGGAUGCUCAAUCCUCACAGCGAGUACACCUUCGCUGAUGGGGUGUUCCGGCGCAGAAGAAAGCGCAUUGAUAAAAAGUUCAGCAGGGCGCCAGAGGUGUCCGAGAGCGCAGAGGAGCCGCAGAGCAUCCAGCAGGCUGCACCAAAGACUGAUUCAUGUGUCAAGUUUACCAGUUCAUUUGCGAUAGACAGCAUUCUCAGCAAGCCGUUCAAGAGGGACUCAAACAGGGAGCAUGUACCACUCCACCCUGCCUUCACCUGGCCGCGCUACACUGAACUGACGAUGCCUCAUUCAAAUGCACCUGCCUCAUUUUCAUACGUCAAGUCAGCCUGCUAUGUGGACUCCUGUGCUGCGCAUGUGUCAAACGCCUUUGGGCCGCUCUCACACACAGUCUUGCAAUAUCAGAAAUGAAUCUUAUUAUUUGAUGAUUAAAAAUCAUCACUGUGCACUGACGAUGGACCCAGAAGAGGAUUUAAACAGGACUGGACUUUAUUGUGGUGCCAAGGUGUUACACUUGUUUUCGUACCUCUGAAAGCAUUAUGAGAUUUGAUAUUUUAUACACAGUUGUUUGUUGUAAAUGUUACUGAACUGACCAUUAAAGUCGCUGUCAGAAAAAUCGUGUUAAAACCUAUGCACUUUCACUGUUUUUGUGUCUUUCUUUCAAAAAUACGCUCUUUGCAACGAAAUAAAAAAUCUAACAAAA